AUGACAGCUUGGAAAUUUCAGCCCCGCCUCCUAACCCAUGCACUGGACCAGGAGGCUGUCAACAAUCCCGACCGUCUAUUUUGUAUACAUUCAUCCUCUCUCAGAUGCGCCGAUCAUGGAUGGCGCCGGGUGACUGUCGGUGCCUUAGCUUCCGCAGUGGACAAUUUCGCAUGGUGGCUAGAAAAGACGAUUGCGUCAAGGUCGACUCCGGAGAGGCUUGUUUAUAUAGGACCAAAUGACAUUCGGUACACCAUAUGCAUGCUUGCGUGUAUGAAACUCGGCCAUUGUACCGUUCUCCUCCCCCCAGUCACAUCGAAGACGGUCGCAGACUGCCUCAUACGAUCUGGAAAACUCUCCAAAGUGCUCUACGCGCACGAAUGCUCCGAGAAAGCACGAAUGAUUCGAAGCUGCAAUCAAGAGGUCCAAUUGUGGGAAGUGGCAGAUCUUUGGAGGCUGUUUGACGGCCCAAGAGUUCCCUUCCCCUGCAAUUCUGAAUACACCCUGGCCGGAGAACAAGAGCCGGUUGCUGUGCUUUACAGCUCUGGAACCACAGGGUUGCCGAAAGAGAUCAUUUUGCCUCACGGGUAUUUUACAGCGUUGGACUAUUUUCAGCACAUCCCAGUACCUCCUGGAAGGGUAUCGACUGCCCCGUGGUUGAGUGAUCCUAAGGAUCCACAUCUGAUAAAGACCAAUUUAUUCCAUGCAACCGGGAUCAUCACUUGGGCAGCUGCACUGCUCCACGGGAUACACUUUGUUAUCAGCCCGGACGUGGCUCUAACAGCGCCGCUACUGGAGCAGGUUCUUGCUGAAACUGGGGCCAAGUCCGCCCUGUUCACACCAGAUACCCUAGUAAAUUUGGGCACGUCUGAAGAAGUGCUUAAUGUCCUGGCAGGCCUUCGGUGCAUCAGCUUUGUUGGCAUGCCUUUACCCCGGGCAGUAGGACAUGAAAUAUCGCAAGUGACACGUCUGCAAUCGGCAAUCGGAUUGACUGAAGCCGGCUAUUUCCAUACACUGCGCCCUCAACAACGCAACGAUUGGGAGUAUUUUGAAUGGAACCCCCACUAUCCCAUCAACAUGCAGGACGAAGGCAACGGAUAUUGCCAGCUGGUGUUCAGACGCUCUGUUGAACCUUAUUUGCAUGCUGUCUUUGUUGUUCUUGCUGGUCGAUCUGAAUUCCACACCGGCGAUCUCUACAUCCAGCACCCUCAGAAUCCAAUGCUCUGGAAGAAUGCUGGUCGGAAGGACAAUAUGUGCAAGCUGCAAAAUCGAAUUUGUCUUUAUCCCAAUCCCAUUGAGGAAAUAUUCGAAGCACACAGUUUCAUUGCCAGAGCUGUGGUCUCGGCAGAUCACAGAUUCCGCGCAGUACUUAUAAUAGAGCCGGACUGGAAGCAGAAAGGCUGCCCGCACUCACCAGAAGGCCUUGUGAGCAGUAUCUGGCCCUUGGUUGAGAAGACUAAUCAUGAUCUACCUGUUGAGGCCAACAUAUCCAAGGACCGCAUUUUGGUUGCGUCCAUUGAUAGCCCCUUCCCAACGACAGCAAAGGGAACGGUACAGCGUCGUGCUUUGUUGGAGGGGUAUCAAGAGGAGAUUAGUGCUAUAUCAACUCUCUAA